AUGGCGUCAUCCGAUGAAGCUGGCGACGACAAUUAUGGAUACAAAAGGGGGGAGAAAGAAUACAUGUUGGAGACCGUGCAAUGCUUGCUAUUUGCUAGAGACAACCUCCCCAGCGACGUGUACCGCAAGUUCGUCAAGGCCAUGACCGAGGUUUGGAAAAACUGUGCUGACCCGGAUGGUGAAAUAAGGAACAUCUGCCCUGAAAACUGCAUAGAGACGGCGUUGAAGCUAUUUCAGGGUUGGGCUACAGUUAAACAGAGCUUCCUUAACUUCACUGAAGGCCGUAGCCCCGUCAAAGGCAAUGGCAUUGUCGAUGCUGAUGUCGAAGCCGUUGUUGUCAACCCCUUGCUACAGAAACCAAUAGAUUUUCUUUCCAGACUGAAGGCAUGCCCUAACAUGAGCGCUGAUCAUUAUGCCGCUUUUUUGAAAAUCAUGCAAGAUUAUUUCAGGGACAGGACCAUGACCCCUCGAAAAGUUUACAAGAAGGUGAGGAGAUGCAUGCGUGACUGUCCUGAGUUGUUGGAAGAGUUUGUGGAUAAUUUUCUCCCUGCAGACCUGAAGGCCUUUGUAAAGGUUAAAGCAAAUGAUAAUCACCGCUCGGGUGGUAUCCAUAUGAAAGAAGGUUACGGAGAAUUGUCUCACACCGAAGAGGAUGAGGAAGACAAGGUUAAACCCUUGCCAGACUGGAAUUCCUCAAAAGCUCAGGAAUUGCCCCCAGAAGUUGAUCCCAAGAAGCUCGAACGAGCUUGCACUCCUAGCUAUUACCUGCUGCCAGAUAAUUUAACUCUUCAUUCAAGUUAUUGGACCAAUCUGGGGAGGUCUAUUCUCAACGAUACUUUGGUUUGUUCUAUAUCUGGGAUGGAAAGCUCUAAGCACAAAACUAUAAAUGGUUAUGAGACAAACAUUUUCUACUGUGAAGAAGACAUGUUUGAGAGUGACAUGCUAUUACACCGGUUUCGUGCGACUGCUGACCUUAUUGCCAAUCUCCAAACUCGUGCUGGCAGCCAUUUGAAGAUAAGCGAGCAUUUAACUCCUCUACACCGGAGGUGCAUUGAAAAACUAUAUGAUGAUGAUCUUGAUCUUGAUGAUCUGUUGGAGAGUCCGAAUACUAGUUCUGUUCUUGCUGUUCUACUUUCUCGUUUAAAGCAGAAGGUAGAAGAUUUAUCGGAGGCGCGCUCAUAUUUGCAUAAGGCGCACUCACAAGUUAUUGCCAAAAAUUACUACAGAUCGCUUGAUCAUCGUGGCCUCUCUUUCAAACAAUUGGAUGCAAAGAGGAUGAGCCAAAAAGCAUUGCUGGCGGAAGCAAAUGAGAUCAAUAAAAAGAAUUUGAAAGCUAGAGAUAAAAAUGCUGAUACAGACAUGUCGAAUGCUGGAGAUAAAUAUGCUGCUGAUACAGCCAUGUCAAAUGCUGGAGAUAAAUAUGCUGAUACAGACACGUCGAAUGCUGGAGAUAAAUAUGCUGAUACAGACAUGCACAAGGACAUAAGCAGUAUACUAUCCGCUGCAUGUGCCUCUGAAGAGAAGCAGGUGAUGAAUUGGGCGAAAAUAGUACAUCCAUUUCUUUCUGCUCAUUGUCUAUGGCCUUCAUCUAAGGAAACUGUAGCUCCCGCAAAAGCUUGUGAACAUUGCCGCACCAGCAAAGAUUUUCUCAGUAGCAUACCUGAUGCUUUGCCUGCUACUAAGCUUUCUUCAUCUUCCAAGAGGGGGGAAUUCCUAAAGAAAAAUUCUAACGACUUGAGCUCUUCACACGAUGGUUUUGGCCAAGACAUUGAUCAGGAGAGUGAUUUAAUGCCCGAACCAGAAAUCAUUGAGUCGGAUGUCAUGCUUGGUGCCAGAAAAGAACCAGUAAGUUGUGAUGUUGGCACUUCCGGUAUAGAUGGGUUGAGCUCUGGUUGUCGUAUAAUCGAUACUGCUGAACCUAGUACUCGUGACCAUGGAAACAAACAUGAGAAGCAGCAUGAAUCAAGUCAACACUCCAAAACAUCAGCUAAACUGCGUGGUGUGAAAGGAGGCACUUGUUGUUUUCUCAUUGUGCUUCGCAGGCUUUACCAGAUUUUAUAUGACAGACUACAAACUGCGAGAGGUUUAUGCGCCGAUGAUCUAUUAUAUGCAGAGUUUAAGGAUAAAAUAAUCAAGCUACAUGCCCAUUGUAUUGAUAAUUCCAGUUUUGAAGACUUCUGCCUGCAAUUUCUUGGGCCAAAGUCAGUUGAACUUUUUACUCUGGAUAUAGUGAUAAACCGAGUUAUCAAGCAGUUGUGCAUAAUUUAUUCAAGAGAUCAAGACAACUCGCUCUUUCAAUUCCUUGAGAACUUUGGAAGACCAGUUCUACCCAAACUUGUGUCCCGGCAUCAAAACUUUCCCAACAAUCCAUCAAAUGUUUUACCGAAGUAUGAUCAAGAGGAGCAAGAGAAAGCUCUUGCCGAUACCGAAAAACUUCCGCGCCAUUUUGAGAGAAGGAAAAAACGCAAGUUGGAGAACAGUGCAACGAUUUCCUCAGCUUGGAGUUCCUCCCAGCUUGGAGCAGUGACUGAAACUCAUGGUUGA